ACAGUCCAGAGCUUCGUGGGUUCCUAGGUGCUUAAAGGGUUAAGGGCUGUUAGGGACAUAAGCAGGGAAAGAGAUGUUACUCAGUCUGGGUCCUGAGCUAGUCCUUGCCAUCCUGGUUUCCACUUUGCCUUGGCACUGUGUAGGUUGGCUAAGUGAGCUGUAUUAUACUUCCUUUUCUCCCAGCCACCUGACUUCAGCAUAAGGGGGAGAUGAAGUUGGCUUCUGACUCAGCCUGGAGAGUGGAAGUAGUGCCUCCAACCCUUAACUAGAAGGGAUGGACUGAACCAACUCCCUCUUCCAUAGAACCCUCUAGCCCUGGGGAUAUUGAAUCCAGCCACCUUCUACCAUUCCUGCUCUAAUAGGGCACAGAAGAUCUUCCACUACAGCAGGCUGAGAUUGGGGGCAGGUGACCCACUGAAGCUCUAUCCCUCUGCACCACCUACAGAAUGAUUUCUGGGAUGGUUGCCCUCCUCUCCCGAAACUCCCUCAGGCACCUGACUCACCUGCAGCCUUUGGUCUCGGAGCUUUCCUGGCUCCACAGCCCUGGCCCAGCUGGCCUGACCUGCAAGUGGGAGGAGGAAGAGCCGUGUUGUGCAGUUGCCAUGGGCUGCUGGGGCAAGCACUCCUUCCUCCCAGUGUACCUCCCUCCAGCCUGGCUCUGGAAUAACUUGAGUGUUACUACUAUGAGCACCUGCUGAGGGUGGGGUGCCCCUGAGUUAUUGGCGAGAGGGGCCUAUAGGGUCUUGAGCUUGAACAUGUUACCACCAUCAGACAACCAAGGGGCCUGAUGUAGAGAAGGGCUCUAGUUAGAAAACCCCAGGGCUCUUGAACCAUUCUCCAUUUCUUCCUUUGUGAAAUGGCCACAUGACUGGCCAUUUAUGAACAAAUCACAGGACCUAGGGUGUGGGAAGGCAUUGAGGCUUCUGGGGUGGCUGCUCAGGAAUCCAGGAUCUAGGCAGACAGGAAGGAGCACGUCAUGGCUCUAUCUUCUCCCCAUCAGUCUCAACAAGGACAAACAUUUCCGCUCCAGGCGCUGAGCUGGGGUGGGGCUUGGAUGACUUCCUCAUUCAGGGCUGUGUGCGGGGGCGGGGAGGCCCUUUGGCUCAGAUGGGAGGACCAAGGCCUGACAGCUGUGACUCAGUGGUAAACCCAAGUCCAGUCUCUUGACCCUUGCUGACCCAAGUGCCCUGGGGCUUUUCUCCAGUUGGCCACACCUCUUAUGUGCUUCAGUACCUAGAUUACCCUGCUGCAUUUCAAGGUUACCACAGGCUGCCAUGCUUCUGUCAGAGGUGACAAUUCACCUGACCCUGGAGGGGAUGGGACUACCCCAUCUCCAGCAGAAAGUCAUCUGGGCUUAGAAAGUCAUCCAUGGGGUGAGGAUUUUCCCUGUGGUGCUGAGGUUCCCCAGGCCUGGUUAAUCUUAGCUUAACCUAUGAUUCUGGGGGAGAGCAGGGGGUUUGAAUUCUGAUCCUGUGGCAGAUCAAGACCAGAGCUAAGGCCCUCAAGAUUGUGCUUAAGGCACUUCCACAGGCUAAAGUUUUCCACCAGGCUUGUGGGGAGAUGGGCGGGGCCUCCUUUUAGGCUGAGCUCCAGUUUCCAUGGAAACCCACAGGCUUCCCACCCCAGCGCUGCCUGGGCAGGCUCCCAACCUGGGCCUCAUCCCACUCCAGCUUCUCCCCUGGACUAUAGGCGCUUUGGCCUCAGCCUCUCCAGUUCUUCUACCCCUACCUCCACCAUAUUUAUCCCUAUUCCUGACCCUCUCUUCAUCCUUAAACUUUAGCUUCUCAGUAAAUAGGCUUCCUGAACUCUUGCCUCGCUCUCAGGCCUUUCUAGUCUCCUCAUCAGCUCUAGGGCCUGGCCAGGCCUCCCACAGACCAAGGAACGGCAGCAGACCUCCUAAGCCACUGCACCCUCUUUCUCCCUGCCCCACUCCAUGCAUGGAGACUCCAGAACUAGUUGUGCAUGGGCAGACUGCCUCCUUUUCCACAGCACUUCGAAGUCUUGUCAACAACCCUCGAUACAGUGAUGUUUGCUUUGUGGUUGGUCAAGAACGGCAGGAAAUAUUUGCCCACCGGUGCUUGUUGGCCUGUAGAUGCAACUUCUUCCAGCGUCUGCUCGGCACAGAGCUGGGUCCUGGGGUGCCUGGUCCCGUGGUGCUAAGCACUGUGCCAGCUGAGGCCUUCUUGGCAGUGCUGGAGUUCCUGUAUACCAACAGUGUCAAGCUGCACCGCCACUCUGUGCUGGAGGUGUUGACGGCAGCUGUGGAGUAUGGGCUGGAAGAACUGCGGGAGCUGUGUCUGGAGUUUGUGGUGAAGGUGCUGGAUGUGGAAUUGGUUUGUGAGGCUCUGCAGGUGGCUGUAACCUUUGGCCUGGGGCCGCUGCAGGAGCGGUGCAUAGCCUUCAUAGAGGCCCACAGCCAGGAGGCGCUCCGGACCCGCGGCUUCGUGGAGCUGUCGGCCGCUGCGCUGCUUCCCCUGCUGCGCAGCGACAAGCUCUGCGUGGACGAGGUUGAGCUGGUCCGGGCAGCCCGGAGCUGGGCGCGCGUGGGCGCAGCGGUGCUGGAGAGGCCUGUGGCCGAGGUGGCGGCCCCGGUGGUGCGAGAGCUGAGGCUGGCCUUGCUGGCCCCGGCGGAGCUGAGCGCCCUGGAAGAGCAGAACCGGCGAGAGCCGUUCAUCCCGGUGAGAACGCGGGGAACCAGGCUCAGACCAACUCCGCAACGUGGGGACCCGGAGCGGGGGGCGCGGCCCUGCCCAGCGUCUUCCGGGAAGAGGCAGGGCCCCGCGGUGACCCGCAUGCCCUGUAGGUGGAGCAGAUCGUGGAGGCGUGGAAGUGCCACGCCCUGCGGAGAGGGGAUGCUGCCCCGGGAGCACUGUGUCGCCGACGCAGGGGGACUCUGCCCCGGGAGCACCACCGCUUUCUGGACCUGCCCUUCCGGUGACCCAGUGCGGUGACUUGAGAGGAAUUCCGGGCCGGCCCGACCGGACCUACUCGGAACUGCAGCUCCCGAAGUGCUCUGCGGUUGGAGCGGGCUUCCGGGCGAGCUCGCGGGGACGACGGGGCGAGGGAAGGAUCGUUCUCAGGUGCCGCGCCCUGUGCCCGGGGCUGUGGGAGGAGAGCUGGGCCAGUGCAGUCUCGCCAGGGCACAACCCAAAAGCGAGGGUUUCUUUCACCCACGCCGGGGCACUGUGGUGCGCAGGUCUACCCCGAUUACUACCACGUGUCUGUCCAGUUCAGCCUCCGCUUUAAUAACAGAUCCUCCUCUGGAGGUCCUUCCCUGAGUGCCCCACAGACACCUCAGUGCAAACUCGAGCUCCCCAUCUUUCCCCAGCUCUGUCCCGGUUCUGUUUCUCAUGUCUGUGGGCGCCCACGCCCGAAACCUGUUUGUCAUCCUUCCCUUAUCCCCCUUCCUCACACUUGCCUCCGGUCUCUUUCUGCUUUCUAAAAGACUUUUCCAGAGGUUUCAGCCUUCAGCCUAUCCUGCCUGUCACAUCUCAUAACCCUUCUUGCCCUCGCUCCAGCGACCCCUCAAUUGAGUUCCCACAUGCAGCCUGCCCGAUCAGUUUAUCAAGUCGACUUCCCUUUAAUCCCUCAGCAUCCCUGUUAAACUUGCAGGGCACUCAAAACUACUGUGGUUUCUGAACAUUUAGCAACUCUUCUCUCACCCCUGCUUUUGCAAUAAUUCUCUCCUGGGAGGUACUCAAGAUUUGCUCCCUUGUUAUUGAGGUUUCUGCUCUUCACCUCUUUCAUCUUACAUCUUGUCUUCCUGUGGACCUGGAUCUUCCUGAAGAAAGAUCCCUGGGGCCUGGAGUUAGGCCUUAUUGGUUUUUUUGUUUUGUUUUGUUUCAUCAGUCCCUGUCACAUAAUCAGUGUUCUGUAAAUGUUAAGUGAAUGACUUUAUCUCCCUAUUUAUUCCAUAAAGAGUCCUCCUAACCUCCAGUACUGGGGACUGAACUCAGGAGCACUCUACCAUUAAG